CUCUUGUCUAUACAAGGCCUACCCUCUCACACCUCGCCCUUCUAUCACUCUGUCUCUCUCGUUUUGGCUUCAACUACAUACAUCGUCGGCAAGGAGCUGCAAGAGCAUAUUAUACAUGGCAAAUAUGUUAAAAUCUUCGGAACUCCCAGAUUGUUGUUAUCCAAACCAACCCAUGUUAAUCUGCCCGAGUAGCCCAACACCCAAGCAUUCCCUCUAUCUCUCCAAUCUCGAUGACCAAAAGUUCCUUAGGUUCUCCAUUAAAUAUCUCUACCUUUUUAAGAAAUCUGUGGGCUUGGAUAGCUUGAAAUAUUCUCUUUCCAGAGUUCUUGUGGAUUACUACCCAUUGGCUGGGAGGCUGAGGGCCAGUGCUGAGGAUGAUCAGAAGCUUAAGGUAGAUUGCAAUGGAGAAGGUGCUGUUUUUGCCGAGGCUUUCAUGGACAUCAGUGCUGACGAACUUCUCGAACUUUCCAAGAGACCAAACAGAUCUUUGAGAAAGCUCUUAUAUAGGGUGGAAGCUCUUACUUUCUUGGAUGUUCCUCCUCUUGUAGUUCAGGUGACAAAUCUCCGUUGUGGGGGUAUGAUUCUGUGCACUGCGAUCAAUCACUGUCUCUGCGAUGGCAUCGGCACAUCUCAAUUUCUACACGCCUGGGCCCACGUCACCACCAAACCAAAUCUUGAUCUACCAAUCACACCACUCCACAGUCGCCACGUGUUGAAACCCCGAAACCCCCCACAGGUAAACUUCACUCAUCCUGGAUAUACCAGAACAAACCCCAAGGACGAUACCCACAUGAUCAUGGACAUCGCAAAGUUCCUACAAUCUCAGCCGCUCGUACCGGCAUCCUUAACCUUCACCGCCUCCCAUAUCCUUCACCUCAAAGGGCAGUGCGUGCCAUUGCUCAAGUGCACCACCUUCGAAGCCCUCGCGUCCCACACCUGGCGCUCCUGGGUUAGAUCACUGGACCUUUCCCCCUCGCACAAUGUCAAGCUGCUUUUCUCCGUUAACGUCAGGAGAAAGUUGAUUCCAGAGAUACCACAAGGGUUUUACGGGAAUGGGUUCGUGCUAGGAUGCGCCCAGACCAAUGCCAAGGACUUGGUCUCUGCUAACUUGCACAAUAGUGUAAAACUGGUACAGCAGGCUAAAUCCAUUCUGGACAAUGACUAUAUAAGAUCCAUGAUCGAUCUGUUGGAGGACAAAACUGCGAGGACAGACCUGUCUGCAAGUUUUGUCAUAUCGCAGUGGUCUAAGCUGGGCUUAGAGGACUUAGAUUUUGGAGAAGGGAAGCCACUGCACAUGGGGUCUCUAACGAGUGAUAUUUACUGCUUGUUUUUGCCGGUUGUUGGUGACUUUGAUGCCGUGAGAGUGCUCGUGUCCAUGCCGGAGAGCAUUGUGGAGAAAUUCGAGUAUUACAUGAAAGAGUAUAAUUUGGAUAAAGAAGAUGGUCAUGCUAACGGGUGUCAAGGGGAAGAUAAUUAAUAUGAUAAUAGUGGAUUGAUCUAUAACUUGAUCUUAAGGUCGGCCUCAUGAAAUCAAUGCCUUUUUUCUUCUUCAA